UUCACCCACAUCUGGGAGCCACAUGUCAGCGGCAGCUGUAUAAAAGUCAGCCCAGCAAACCGAGGGUGACAUUUUUUUUGCCAAAAACCAGGCAGUAUGGACCUCACUCUUCUGUGGAUGCUUCUACCAUUGGUGGCCACAGCCUGGGGCCAGUAUGGUGACUACGGGUACCCAUACCAGCAGUACCAGGACUACGGUGAUGACGGAUGGGUGAACCUGAACCGUCAAGGCUUCAGCUACCAGUGUCCCCAUGGGCAAGUGGUGGUGGCUGUGAGGAGCAUCUUUAGCAAGAAGGAAGGCUCUGACAGACAAUGGAAUUAUGCCUGCAUGCCCACACCCCAAAGCCUCGGGGAGCCCACUGAGUGCUGGUGGGAGGAGAUCAACAGGGCUGGCAUGGAAUGGUACCAGAAGUGCUCUAACAAUGGAUUGGUGGCGGGGUUCCAGAGCCGCUACUUCGAGUCUGUGCUGGAUCGCGAGUGGCAAUUUUACUGCUGCCGCUAUAGCAAGAGGUGUCCGUAUUCCUGCUGGAUGACAACAGAGUACCCAAGCCACUAUGGGGAAGACAUGGACAUGAUUUCCUAUGACUAUGAUUUCUACAUGCGAGGGGCAACAACCACUUUCUCUGCAGUGGAAAGGGAUCGCCAGUGGAAGUUCAUAAUGUGCCGGAUGACUGACUAUGACUGCGAGUUCGAAAACGUUUAGAGUUCGCCACGUACAGAAGUCCGGGUGGAGGGCCAGGGGUCCUGAGGGCGUCACAUCAUAUAUGCUAAUAUUGAUAGAACAUUUGCUCUUCUUCCUUUUGCUCUCUUCCCUGGGAUGGGAGCUAUGCCCAUAAUCAAGCCAUGUUUCACCCUUUCAACACAUUCCAAACAACUAUUUCUAGUUGCUGAUAGCAGCUUCCCUGCCCAGCACAUGUACAGAGCCUGCAUGCUUACAGCCUGCCACCCAGAGCACCUGUAGCAACCUUGCUGUGGCUCGCACUCUAACAAGAGCUUCAGAUUCAGCUUAGUAAACUUGGAGAGAGAGAGAGAAAGAAAGAGCUUGAGAGAGGCGGGACAAAGGUUCUCUAUAGCUAAGUCUGUUUGAGUGACAACACCCAGAGCCCUCACUUGGGUGGUGCUGAUGAGGCACUCUGUAUCUUGAGGGAACGUGUACCUACUCUCUCCUUCCACGAGAGACAUGCAUACUUAGAAGUUCAAGUAAAGAUCUAUGUGCUUCAGGAGAGAGGGGACUUGGAGGUGAAACGGGAGGUGGGAAGGUUUGAGGACCGAGCUGAAAGACUUGAGUCUGAAAGAACUUCCUCUAUUCAAAGACAUACACCAGCAGACCCAACAAUGAGAAUGAAUAUGAGGGCCAGGAAAACCUGUGUAAAUCAGUCUCAAGACAGAAACAGUGAAAGAAAGAUGAGUGAAUGGCACUCAGAUUGGGAACCUGGGGAGACAAGUGUGGCCAGGGAGAAGGGAUCUUGGGUGGUCAGCAACUUGAGACACACCUAGUAUUCAUAUGAAGACACCCAUAUCCCCAGAAGUCACAGGGAUGUGGCGUGCACUUCUCUGGAUUGGUCCUGAAGGAUCCUCCUCCCUUUCCCAUGGGGCUUGGAAGUGUAUUCUGCAGAGAUGACACUGUAAUAUCUCUGUCUCUAGCCAUUUGUACCUUCUUUAAAAAAAUAAAUAAAA